AUGUCAAAAAAAGCAGUGGCCAAGUUGUUUGAUCUAGAAUCACAAGAAAGUGGUGGUUCUCCUUUAUUCGUGUCACAAACACACUCCAAGGAUCCACAGCCAGUGUCCGACGAUAACGACGGCGGAGAUAGUGAACGGAUACCGGUAGAAGAGUGGCUUCCGAUCACAGAAUCAAGGAAAGGGAAUGUUUACACGGCGACGUUUCAUCUUAUCUGUUCGGGACUUGGUUUCCAAGUGCUUUUUCUCCCUGCUGCUUUCUCAGCACUCGGAUGGGUAUGGGGAAUGAUAGUUUUAACGGUGGGAUUUGCAUGGAAGCUGUACACGAUAUGGCUUCUUGUUAAUCUUCAUGAAGCAGUAAACGGAACACGUUUCAGUAGAUACUUAAGACUCGCUAUUGCUUCAUUCGGUGUAAAGCUUGGGAAACUUCUCGGAAUAUUCCCGGUGAUGUAUCUCUCAGGAGGAGCUUGUUCAAUUCUAGUGAUAACCGGAGGGAAAACAAUCAAUCAACUUCUACAUAUUAUGUCUGAAGAUGACACAGUGCCACUUACUACCGUGCAAUGCUUCUUGAUCUUCAGCAUCCUCGCGGUUGGCAUGUCUCAGUUUCCGAACAUGAACUCUCUUUUUGGACUCUCGCUGGUCGGUAGUGUUAUGGCCUUAGCAUAUUCCACAGCAGUCUGGACUUUACCUCUAGCUAGUGAAAGGAGUCAAAAGAAUGUCUCUUACGCUACAAAGGAUACAAGCUUCGAUAACAUUUUCAACGCUGUUGGAUUGAUAGCUAUUGCAUUUCGCGGGAAUAACCUCGUCCUCGAGAUACAGGGUACUCUUCCGUCCGAUUCAAAGAAUCCUUCGAGUAAGACAAUGUGGAGAGCCGUGGUGAUCUCUAAUGCGAUAAUCGCUGUUUGCAUGUUUUUAGUCGCCAUUGUUGUAUAUUGGGCAUACGGUGACAAGAUUCCGGCUGGGGGAGGUCCAAUAAGCAACUACUUGAAACUCUACGAACAGGACUACCCAAAGCGAGCCGCUUAUUUCAUAGACAUAACGUUCAUCUUAAACUGCUUAUGCGCAUAUCCGAUAAACUUAAUGCCGUCAUGUGAUAACGCAGAGAUGGUGUACAUAACCAAUACACAAAAGCCUUGCUCCUUCUUUGUUCGGAUGAUGUUGCGCGUGUUAUUGGGUUUAGUUUGUUUCUUUGUAGCUGUUGGAUUCUCGUUCUUGCCUUAUCUUGCGGUUCUUAUCGGAGCAGUAGGCUUGCUUGUUACGUCUACGUACCCGUGUUUCAUGUGGAUAUCUAUCAAACAGCCCCAAUGGAAAAGCCUGAUGUGGUUGCUUAACGUUUUGGUGGGAAGCUUGGGCGCGUCACUCAGCAUUUUGCUUGUGGUUGCGUCUGCUUUGCGUUUGGCUGAUAAGGGUUUACAUGCAAACUUCUUUAAACCCUAG